ACCGAGUAAUUUAUUCUAAUAUUUUUUACUUGUCAACUAUAGAUAAGCACGAAGUUAGAACGAUGUAGAGACAUUGUUCGUUUGAGUUUUAAUUUAGAAGAACGUUUGAUCGCAACUAUGACAAAAAGCAAAGAAUUAACACUACCUCUAGAAAAAUAUACAUUUUUCGAUCAAAUUGCAUCACGCAUGCAAAUACUUACAAAUGGUGAUUUAAGUACAUUAAUUCAAUUUUGCGAUUCUACGUGCAAUAGUCUCGAAUAGAAAAUACGCUAUUACGUUUUAUGAUUGUUUCGUUUGGCGAUUGCUCGUGUGAUACAGGUGUCCAUCGAGAUCUACGGGAAACAUGUUUGUAGCGGAGCGUUAAUGCACGAAUCAUGGGUGAUGACUGUGGCGUCCUGCGUUUUUGGUUCGGACCCGGCUACGAUGACUGUACGAGUACGUUCGUCCAUGCUUUCUGUCGAAGGAGACGAAUUGGAAGUGGCCAACAUCGUCGUACACGAAGAUUUUGAUAAGUACGUGCUGCUCAAUGAUAUCGCGCUUAUCAAGCUGAGAAUUCCCGUACAAUUCGGCGAGAAAUUGUUGCCAAUAGAACUUCCGGAAAAGGAAGACUACAAGCUCGAUGAUGGAACGACGUGUUACGUGACAGGCUGGAGGCAUACUCUGGCUGGUCCGGUGGAAUCCCGGCUCACGGUGACAGCUGUACCGCUCGUGAAUCAGAGUACCUGCAGCUCGACGAUGCCCUGUUACGAGCCAGUGUUCCAGACGAUGCUCUGCGCUGGUAACAUGACCCACGGGGUAGAGACGUGUCAGGGUGAUCCAGGUGCUCCGCUGAUGGAAGGCCAGACGCUGAUUGGUGUUCUAUCCUACGGAUUAGGAUGUAAAACUAUGAUACAUCCGGGUGUAUACACUCGUGUCAGCAGUUACCUAGCUUGGAUCUCGGCAAAUUCCGGUAUCCACUAUAUAUGAGAUGAUAUUCGUGAAACUACAAUGUCAACAUCGCUAACCUUUACCCGGAAGUCGUGGCAAACUGAAGCUUCUACCGUUCUAAAGGAAUGACGGAAUGGCUGGAAGAUUCUUCUACCCGUUCGUAUAUCGUCAGGGCGAUGUCAAAGCUAUCUCGCUUUAUAAAUUUGUCGAACGUAGUAAAAGGGCUUUAUGAAAAUACAACGAA